CGCGCCGGGGCCGGUGAACCGAGCGUUCUCGAGGGAAGGGUACGGGGGGAGGUGCAGGAAGAAGGAGCGAGGGGGCGGCUGCCUCGCCCGCUGCGGCUCAGGAAAAUGGUGUUCGAGUCUGUGGUCGUGGACGUUUUGAACCGGUUCUUGGGGGACUAUGUGGUGAACCUGGACACGUCCCAGCUCUCUCUGGGCAUCUGGGGAGGAGCUGUGUCCCUCAAGAAUCUCAAAAUUAAAGAAAAUGCCCUGCAUGAGCUGGAUGUACCCUUUAAAGUUAAAGCUGGUCAUAUAGGUAAUCUUAGUCUUGUAAUUCCAUGGAAAAACCUUUAUACGCAACCAGUUGAAGCUGUAUUGGAAGAAAUAUAUUUACUCAUAGUGCCUUCUUCUAUAAUAAAAUAUGAUCCUUUAAAAGAAGAAAAACAAAUCUUGGAAGCAAAACAACAGGAACUAAAAAGAAUAGAAGAAGCAAAACAAAAAGUAGCUGAUCAAGAACAACCUAAGGAGGAGAAACAGGACACUUUUAUAGAAAAAUUAGUUACUCAGAUCAUAAAAAAUCUUCAAGUGAAAAUUUCCAGCAUCCAUAUUCGCUAUGAAGAUGAUAUCACAAAUCGAGACAAUCCACUGUCAUUUGGUAUUUCUCUUCAAAAUCUCAGCUUGCAGACAACUGAUCAAGACUGGGUUCCGUGUUUACAUAAUGAAAGUGAGAAACUAUUUCGUAAGUUAGUCCGAUUGGAUAAUCUUUUUGCCUAUUGGAAUGUGAAGUCUGAGAUGUUUUAUCAUUAUGAUUAUGAUGAAUCAUUGAACAGUUUGAAGAAUGGCAUUGUCAAUGAAAAUAUUGUUCCAGAAGGUUAUGAUUUUGUAUUCCGUCCCAUAUCUGCUAAUGCCAAACUUCAGAUGAAUCGCCGAUCAGAUUUUGACUUUUCUGACCCCAAAAUAAAUCUGGAUGUUGAGUUACAUGACAUAGCCAUUGAACUUAAUAAACCACAGUAUUUCAGUCUUAUGGAGCUUCUUGAAUCAGUUGAUAUGAUGAAGCAAAAUCUGCCAUACAGGAAAUUCAAACCUGAUGUACCUCUUCACUACCAUGCCAGGGAAUGGUGGGCUUAUGCUAUAAAUGGUGUUCUUGAAGUAAAUAUUCGUCCCAGCUUACGGAUGUGGUCAUGGAAGCAUAUUAGAGAUCAUAGGCAAAAAGUGAAGCAAUAUAAAGAACUGUAUAAAAAAAAGUUAACAACUAAGAAGUUAGCUGGUGACAUUCUCCUGCCUUUGGAGGAGCUGGAAAAGAUCCUGGAUGUAUUUAAUUUAACUUUAACAAGACAACAGGCAGAAGUUGAGGUAAAGAAAGCUGGAUACAAGAUUUACAAAGAAGGGGCAAAAGAUUCAGAGGAAAAUAAAGGAUGGUUAGACUGGCUGUGGAGUUGGUCGGAAGCAAGCUGUAAAGAACAGCCAGAUGUUAAACCUGGAACUCUUGAAGAAAUGUUGACACCUGAUGAAAAAGCUAAACUCUAUGAAGCAAUUGGUUAUAGUGAAACAGCAGUUGAUCCAACCUUGCCAAAAACAUUUGAAGCCAUGAAGUUUUUCCUUCACUUGAAAAGUAUGUCUAUUGUUCUAAGAGAAAAUCACCAGAAACCUGAGCUGUUAGAAAUUUUAAUAGAAGAAUUUAGUACUUUGGUUGUGCAAAGGCCAGGAGCACAAGCAAUAAAAUUUGAAACCAAAAUAGACUCAUUUCAUAUUACUGGCUUACCAGAUAAUUUCACAAAACCUCGUCUCCUGUCUUCACUGGAUGAUGCUACCUCACUGUUUCAAAUUACAUUUGAGAUAAACCCAAUAGAUGAAACUGUUGCUCAAAGGUGUAUCAUAGAAGCUGAACCUUUAGAAAUGAUAUAUGAUGCAAGAACAGUGAAUAGUAUAGUGGAAUUCUUCAGACCUCCACAAGAUGUACACCUAACACAGCUGACUUCAGCAACUUUGAUGAAACUUGAAGAAUUUCGUGAUAAGACAGCAACAGGUCUACUGUAUAUUAUUGAAACACAGAAAGUUCUUGAUCUCAGAAUUAAUUUGAAGGCAUCAUAUAUUAUUGUUCCACAAGAUGGAAUUUUUAGUCCUGCAUCAAAUCUACUUCUUUUGGAUCUUGGUCAUCUAAAGGUGACAAGUAAAAAUCGUUCGGAAUUACCAGAUGUAAAACCAGGCGAGGCCAGUCUUGAAGAGAUAAUGCGUAGAGCUUAUGAUACAUUUGAUAUUCAGCUUACAAGCAUACAGCUGCUUUACAGCAGAGCUGGUGAUAACUGGAAAGAAGCACGAAAACUCAAUGUAUCUACACAGCAUAUUUUGAUACCUAUGCAGUUCAACGUGGAACUUUCUAAGGCCAUGGUUGUCACAGAUUUAAGGAUGCCUAAAUUCAAGAUUUUUGGAAAGUUACCUCUCAUUUCUUUACGAGUCUCGGAUAAAAAACUGCAAGGGAUUAUGGAAUUAGUUGAAAGCAUUCCAAAACCUGAACCUGCACCUGAUGUAUCUGACCCUGCUAAAUCAGUUGAGAUUCAAGGGCCCACUACUUUUGGAACAUCACAGAUUUCACAGAAAAUGUUUCCUGUCUUGGAACUUCCGCCCAUUAUAGAAGAUGACUCAGAGGAGGAAUUUUUUGAUGCACCAUGUAGUCCGUUGGAAGAACCUCUUCAGCUCCCGACUACAGCUAAAUGUUCUAGACACAGACAGUUUCAAAAGCAGGACUAUUCAAAAAAUAUGACUGAGUGUAAAAUUAGAUUUGAAGUACCAGAGGUUUUGAUUCAGUUUUAUCACCUUGUUGGAGAUUGUGAACUGCCUGUGGUAGAAUUUGAUGUUUUAGGAUUGGGGACACAAAUUGAGUUUAGAACAUAUGAUUUGAAAGCAAAUGCCUUUUUGAAAGAGUUCUGCUUAAAAUGCCCAGAAUACUUGGAUGAAGACAAGAAACCAGUUUAUGUGAUUACAACAUUGGAUAACACCAUGGAAGACCUGUUAACACUGGAAUAUGUGAAGGCAGAAAAGAAUGUAUCAGACUUGAAGAGUACCUAUAACAAUGUUGUGCAACUACUCAAGGUGAACUUUUCUUCUUUGGAUAUUCAUUUACACACUGAAGCACUUCUGAAUACCAUGAAUUAUUUUAAUAAUAUCCUUCCACAAUCAGAGGAAAAAUCAGCCCCAGUGCAUAUUGUGGAGAAUGAAGACAAAGGAGAUGUCAUUAAAAAAUUAUCUUCUAAACUAUCCAAGGAUGAAGAUAUUAUUACCUUGCAGAUACUUGCAGAAUUAUCGUGUUUACGGAUUUUUAUUCAAGACCAGAAACGUAAAAUUUCUGAAAUUAAAAUUGAAGGACUUGAUUCUGAAAUAAUUAUGAGACCUAAAGUAACUGAAAUAAAUGCAAAGCUAAGAAACAUAAUUGUUUUGGAUUCUGAUGUAAUGGCUGUCUACAAAAAGGCCGUUUAUAUCACCGGAAAAGAAGUCUUUAGCUUCAAAAUGAUUUCUUACAUGGAUGCAACUGCGGGUUCUGCGUACACAGAUAUGAACGUGGCCGACAUUCAGGUUAAUUUAACUGUUGGCUGCAUUGAAGUUGUUUUUGUCACAAAAUUUCUAUAUUCUAUACUGGCUUUUAUAGACAAUUUUCAAGCAGCCAAACAAGCCUUGACUGAGGCAACUGUUCAGGCAGCAGGAAUGGCUGCUACUGGUGUAAAAGAGCUGGCACAAAGGAGUUCCAGAAUGGCACUGGAUGUUAACAUCAAAGCCCCAGUUGUAGUCAUCCCACAGUCUCCAGUUUCUGAAAAUGUUUUUGUUGCUGAUUUUGGACUAAUUACAAUGACAAAUACGUUCCAUAUGAUAGCAGAGAGUCAGAGCAAUCCCCCACCUGUUAUUGAUUUGAUAACGGUAAAGCUGAGUGAAAUGCGACUAUACAGGUCUCAGUAUAUUAAUGACGCAUACCAGGAAGUACUGGAUAUACUACUGCCAUUAAAUCUUGAGGUGGUUAUUGAGCGAAAUUUAUCCUGGGAGUGGUACCAGGAGGUUCCUGGUUUUAAUAUAAAUGCUCAGCUAAAGCCCAUGGAGUUCAUUCUCAGUCAAGAAGAUAUAACAACUGUUUUUAAAACAUUGUAUGGCAAUAUAUGGUAUGAAGAAGGUGGCAGUGCCUCCCCUGCUGUAAUGAAGGACCAGUCUAGUGUUACUAGUGGAGUUACUAAUGCCUCACACCAUUCAGGAGGAACAACUGUGGUGACAGCUGCUGUGGUAGAAGUACAUUCACGUGCCUCUCAAGUUAAGACAACGUUAAAUAUAAGUUUCAAGACAGACUAUCUCACCAUGGUACUGUAUAGUCCGAGUCCUGAUCAGACUUCCUUUAGAGAUGUUCGUGAUCCUUCUCUGCAACUUGCUGAAUUUAGAUUGGAGAAUAUUAUAAGUACUUUAAAAAUGUAUACAGAUGACUCAACAUUUUCUUCCUUCUCAUUAAAAAACUGUAUCUUAGAUGAUAAAAGGCCUCAUGUCAAGAAGGCAACUCCGAGAAUGAUAGGACUGACAGUUGGGUUUGACAAAAAGGACAUGAUGGAUGUACGAUACAAGCGAGUCAGAGAUGGUUGGGUUUCUGAUUUAGUCUUUCAAGAAAUGUAUAUUUGUGCAAGUGUGGAAUUUCUGAUGACAGUUGCAAAUGUCUUUCUUGAGGCCUAUAGCACAGGCACUGCUGUAGAAACCAGCGUUCAAGCGUGGUCUUCUAAGGAAGAAGUGCCUGUAGCGGAACCAGAAAAGUGGGAAAUAAAUGUUAUGAUUAAAAAUCCUGAGUUUGUGUUUGUGGCUGACAUGACAAGAAAUGACGCCCCUGCCUUAGUCAUUACCACACAGUGUGAAAUUUGUUGGAAAGGCGAUCUUGAAAAUGAAACAAUGACUGCUGCCAUUAAAGAUUUCCAAGUGAGAGCAUGCCCGUUUCUUCCAGUCAAGAGAAAAGGCAACGUAACUACUGUUUUGCAGCCCUGUGACUUGUUUUAUCAGGCUACGCGGAUAGGUACGGACCCACAAGUGAUUGAUAUGUCAGUAAAAUCCCUGACACUAAAGGUUUCACCAGUUAUCAUAAAUACCGUGAUUACCAUAACUUCAGCACUUUAUGCAACUAAGGAAACCACCCUGAAAGAGGCUACUUCUUCUGCAGCACAGUUAUGGGAAAAGAAGGAUACAAAGAAUUUAAAAAUGUGGUUCCUUGAGGAGCCAAAUGAAGCUGAAAACACAGCCCCUACAACUGAGUUGGUACCCAAAGGAGAGAUGAUAAAAAUAAACAUUGAUUCCAUUUUUAUAGUUCUGGAGGCUGGAAUUGGUCAUAGAACAGUGCCUAUGCUUUUGGCAAAGUCACGUUUUUCAGGGGAAGGCAAAAACUGGAGUUCCCUAAUAAAUCUCCAUUGUCAACUUGAGCUAGAAGUACACUAUUACAAUGAAAUGUUUGGUGUAUGGGAGCCUUUGCUGGAACCCUUAGAAAUUGAUCAGACUGAGGAUUUUAGACCAUGGAAUCUUGGAUUCAAGAUGAAAAAGAAAGCAAGGAAAGCCAUUGUUGAAUCAGAUACUGAAGAAGAAAACUACAGAGUGCCAGAAUAUAAAACUAUCUUUAAUUUCUAUUCAAAAGAUCAACUAAACAUUACAUUAUCCAAGUGUGGCCUUGUAAUGUUAAAUAAUUUAGGCAAGGCAUUUACAGAAGCUGCCACCGGAUCUUCAGAUGUCUUUUUAAAGGAUCUAGCACCAUUUAUGAUUAUAAAUUCUCUUGGGCUCACUAUCUCUGUUUCACCAAGUGAUUCCUUCAGUGUACUCAACGUUCCUAUGGCAAAAUCAUAUACAUUGAAAAAUAAGGAGAGUUUAAGUAUGGAUUAUACUGGAACUAAGGACAACGAUCAUUUCAGCGCAAUGACCAGCCUAAGCAGCAAGCUUUUCUUCAUUCUUCUUACACCUGUUAACCACUCUACUGCUGAUAAGAUUCCUUUAACAAAAGUGGGACGACGUCUGUACACUGUUAGACACAGAGAGUCUGGAGUUGAAAGAUCUAUCGUUUGUCAAAUAGACGCGGUGGAAGGAAGUAAGAAGGUAACAGUUCGCUCCCCAGUGCAGAUUAGAAAUCAUUUUUCAGUCCCACUCUUUAUUUACGAAGGAGACACUUUACUGGGAACUGCUUCACCUGAAAAUGAAUUCAACAUACCUUUAUCAUCUUACCGAUCACUCCUUUUUCUGAAGCCAGAAGAUGAGGGCUAUGGAGUAUGUGAAGGAAUUGAGUUUGAAGAAAUUAUAAAAAAUGAUGGAGCUCUUAUAAAGAAGAAAUGUAGACCUACAAACCCUUCCAAGAAACCAUUUAUUGUUAAUAUUGUUCCAGAAAAAGAUAAUUUGACAUUUCUUUCAGUGUAUUCAGAAGAUGGUUGGGACUUACCAUACAUAAUCCAUUUAUGGCCACCUAUCCUGCUCCGAAAUCUUCUUCCUUACAAAAUUGCUUAUUAUAUAGAGGGGACUGAACAUAGGAUUUUUACUUUAAAUGAAGGAUGUUCAGCCCAGAUUUAUACUGCAGAGUUGGAUAAAGCCAAGCUACACUUAAAAUUACUUGACUAUCUUAAUCAUGAUUGGAAAAGUGAAUAUCAUAUAAAACCUAAUCAACAAGACAUUGGUUUCAUCAACUUUACAUGUGUUACAGAAAUAGAAAAGACUGAUUUAGAUAUUGCUAUCCAUGUGACUUAUAAUACUGGCCAGGUGGUUGUGGCAUUUCAUAGUCCUUAUUGGAUGGUCAAUAAAACUGGCCGCAUGUUACAAUACAAGGCAGAUGGAAUUCAUCGAAAGCAUCCACCUAAUUAUACAAAGCCAGUUCUCUUUUCUUUUCAGCCAAAGCACUUUUUUAAUGACAAUAAGGUUCAGCUUAUGGUAACUGAUAGUGAAUUGUCAGAUCAGUUUUCAAUUGAUACUGUUGGUAGUCAUGGAGCUGUUAAAUGUAAAGCCCUGAAUAUGGAGUAUCAGGUUGGUGUCACUAUAGACCUCAGCAGCUUUAAUAUUACCAGGAUUGUGACGUUUACCCCUUUUUAUAUGAUUAAAAACAAAAGCAAAUAUUGUGUAUCAGUGGCUGAAGAAGGAAGUGAUAAAUGGCUCUCUCUUGAUUUGGAGCAGUGUAUCCCCUUUUGGCCUGAGGAUGCUUCUAAUAAACUUCUUAUUCAAGUUGAAGGAAGUCAAGGCCCUCCCAAAAAGAUAUAUUUUAACAGGCAAGAAAAUUGUAUUUUAUUGCGUCUGGAUAAUGAGCUUGGAGGCAUUAUAGCAGAAGUUCAUCUGGCUGAGCAUUCUACAAUUAUCACAUUUUCAGAUUAUCAUGAUGGAGCAGCUACGUUCCUGUUAAUAAAUCACACCAAGGAUGACCUGGUUCAGUACAAGCAAAGUUCUCUCAGUCAAAUAGAGGACUCCCUUCCUCCUGGAAAAGCAGUAUUUUAUACAUGGGCUGAUCCAGUUGGCUCUAGAAAGCUGAAGUGGAAGUGUGGAAAAAGCCACGGUGAAGUAACACAAAAGGAUGAUAUGAUGACACCUAUAACUGUGGGGAAAAAGACCAUUUAUUUAGUUUCAUUCUUUGAAGGCUUACAACGCAUUAUUUUAUUCACUGAAGACCCGAGGGUAUUUAAAGUAACAUACGAAAGUGAGAAAGCAGAGAUAGCAGAGCAAGAAAUUGUGUUGUCAUUACAAGAUGUUGGAAUUUCUCUCGUCAACAAUUACACAAAACAAGAAGUAGCCUAUAUCGGCAUUACGAGUUCUGAUGUGGUUUGGGAGACAAAGCCCAAGAAAAAGGCAAGAUGGAAGCCUAUGAGUGUAAAGCAAACUGAGAAGUUAGAGAAAGAAUUUAAAGAAUAUACUGAAUCUUCACCUUCAGAAGAUAAGAUUAUUGAAUUGGAUACUAACAUUCCGGUUCGCUUAACACCUAGUGGUAGUAACAUGAAAAUUCUGCAACCACAUGUAAUAGCUGUACGGAGAAAUUAUCUGCCAGCAUUAAAGGUGGAAUAUAGCACAUCCGCACAUCAGUCAUCCUUUAGAAUUCAAAUUUACAGAAUACAGAUCCAGAACCAGAUACAUGGUGCUAUAUUUCCAUUUGUGUUUUAUCCUAUAAGACCUCCUAAGUCGGUCACCAUGGAUUCAGCACCAAAGCCCUUUACAGAUGUCAGUAUUGUCAUGAGAUCUGCAGGGCAUUCGCAAAUAUCACGUAUUAAGUAUUUCAAAGUGUUGAUCCAAGAAAUGGAUCUCAGGUUAGAUCUUGGGUUUGUGUAUGCUUUAGCAGAACUUAUGACAGAAGCUGAGGUGACUGAAAAAACAGAGGUUGAACUUUUUCAUAAAGAUAUAGAAGCUUUCCAAGAAGAAUAUAAAACAACUUCAUUAGUAGACACAUCACAAGUCAGUCUCUAUGAAUACUUUCAUAUAUCUCCCAUCAAGUUACAUUUAAGUGUUUCUCUGAGUUCCGGUAGAGAAGAAGCUAAAGAUUCAAAACAAGACGGAGGACUGAUUCCAGUUCAUUCUUUAAAUCUUUUGCUGAAGAGUAUUGGUGCCACUCUUACAGAUAUCCAGGACGUAGUUUUUAAGCUUGCAUUUUUUGAACUCAACUAUCAGUUCCAUACAACACCUGAACUACAGUCUGAAGUAGUAAGACAUUAUUCAAAACAGGCCAUUAAGCAAAUGUAUGUACUCAUUCUUGGACUUGAAGUUUUGGGAAAUCCCUUUGGCUUAAUUAGAGAAUUUUCCGAAGGUGUAGAAGCAUUUUUUUAUGAACCUUAUCAGGGAGCCAUCCAGGGCCCUGAAGAGUUUGUGGAGGGAAUGGCACUAGGACUUAAGGCACUAGUUGGUGGAGCUGUUGGUGGGUUAGCUGGUGCUGCCUCCAGAAUCACCAGUGCCAUGGCUAAAGGAGUAGCAGCUAUGACUAUGGAUGAAGACUACCAGCAGAAGAGGAGAGAAGCCAUGAAUAAGCAACCAGCUGGUCUUAGAGAAGGCAUCACUCGUGGAGGAAAAGGCUUGGUUUCUGGUUUUGUAAGUGGCAUAACAGGAAUUGUGACAAAGCCAAUCAAAGGAGCUCAAAAAGAAGGAGCAGCUGGUUUCUUUAAAGGUGUUGGGAAAGGUUUAGUUGGAGCGGUGGCAAGGCCAACUGGAGGCAUCAUAGACAUGGCUAGCAGUACAUUUCAGGGAAUAAAAAGAGCUACAGAGACUUCCGAUGAAGUGGAGAGUCUGCGACCCCCUCGGUUCUUUAAUGAAGAUGGAGUCAUCAGACCUUACAGGUUGCGAGAUGGUACUGGAAAUCAGAUGUUACAGGCAUCAAAAAGUUUGAUAUGAAAACAGUUAAUGCAUGACUUUGCAAGUGAAAGCCAACAGUAGAUUUUAGUCUUAAAAUUUACAAACUACGUACAGCUGUUUAAGUAUUUUCAAUACAAAGAAAAGCUUUUAUAUUGGUAAUUUUUUGUAUAGGUUUUUUUAGUGAAUCUGAUGUUUUUAUAGGGUAUUCUUAGUUCUGUGCUGGACUUGCUAGGUUUAUUAAAAGCCAUUGUGUCUUAUGUACCCUCAUUGUUGAUGGUACUUAUUUUAUCAAUUAGGCCAUUUCUGUUUGGAGUACUUCCUUCUAUUCAUCAGUCCACAGGUAGCUUCUGUAGCAGAUACAAUCCACAUGUUAAAUUAGGCAUGCACGAGGAACCAAAAAAAGUCAGGACCACUACUGUUGCAAAUUAUUCUUGGGUUCUUAUACUUUGAAGAGAUUUCUUUUAAAGGUGCUACAGUGGCCACAACCCUCUUCCUACUUUGUUCUUGUGUUGCCUGUAUAGACUUAAAAAUAUUCAUGGUAAUAUAUAACUUUGGAGAUAUGGUCCUUCCUUUAUAGCCUUGAUAUUUCGAAGUUAUUUUAUGUUUAAAGUGAUCAGGGUAAAGAUUAAAACAUUAAUAUUUCACCUGCCACGUGUACAGUAUAUUUUACAUAAAACUAUAUUUUCUAAAUCUUUCUCCAAGUUUUCCAUCUAUUAUAGUAAAACAUAAUCAUAGAGUUAAUGUGCAGUAUUUGUAAAGGGAUUUUAUGCUGUGUUCAAAGCAUCAAAAUAAUUGUAUAUUGUGAUAAACAAUCUAGUGAGAGGUUUUGCUGUAAAGAACAUGGGUGCAACCUCUACAAUGACGUCGUUAUCGUUCUUCGGAAAAUAGAGAAGUUGCAGGAUUCACCUAUGGCCAAUACAAUGGAAGCAUGUUUUCCUAUCUAAUAUCUGCCUUCCCUCCUUAGAGCACAGUUAACACGCUAUUAACUUUUAGUAGGCUGAAAGUUGAACAGUUAUCAACUCAACUUUUGAAAAGUUAAAAAUAGUUCUUGAGAAGCUAUUUUAAUAAACUUAGUAGGAAGUAUGGAUGAAGAGAGUUUAGAAAUUCUGUGUUCCAAUUGUUAGGGAGCAGAUUAUAACAUGUAAGGAAGCUUUGAGUUACCAAAGAUUUCUCAUGGGUUGGUAACUUGAUUUCAGUGACAGGUUUAUUCCACACAUUCAUUAAUUGUUUUCUGAAGGUUUUACACUUUGAGGGCUAAUGAUUAUGACUCUUGACUAUAUAUUUUUAAAUACGUGUGUUAUUUUUAGUAGACUAGUCUUAACAUUAAUUGCUAAAAGAGGUAUUUCAUUAACUGAAAGCUCACAAUUCAUGGCAGCCAUUACAUGUGUUUUAGCAAAAACAUUAUUAAACACCAUAUGGGCUGGAAAGCCUGUAGGAAUUCACCAGAUGCUUGUAGUUAGCAUUAGUCUUACGUAUGUAAGAAGUGGGUUGUUGUUUUGGUGGUAAUGGUGCUUUUUUGAUCAAGACACUAUAGUAAUAUUAGGAAACACUCAUAAAAUGUACGAAUAUCAGUACUGUGGAAAAGAAGUUGAUGACAUGGAUUUAAAACCUCAUCAGCUUAUAUUUAGUCUAAAGGCUUUAAUGAUGGUACCCCCAGAAAAUGUUUAAUACUUUCAAAUGUUUUCUCCUUUUCUAAAAAAGGUGCUUGUUUUCACUAAAUUAUAUAAUAUGUAUACGUUUUCACUGUGAGCCUAUCUCUUCAGAAAGUAGCACAUUAUUACAGUGCCUUGCUGGUAGUCAAAGUUAUGUACUAGAGAGAGAGAAUGAUAAUUUUAAUGUAUGUAUAGAAUACCUUAUUGGUAUCAUCAUUUCAUACAUUGAGUUGAACCAAGCGUUGGAUUUGAGUCUUAGGUUUGUUAAAUUAUGGAAUAUUAUAUCCAUAAUUACAGUCCCAGUCAUAGCUGAAAAAUUUGCUUUGAAAUUAUUCUCCUUGAACAUUUCAUAAUUUUAUGUGUUUUCCAGGCAACUUGCCAUACUUAACUAAUCUCUGUGCUUCUUUUUUCCUUUACCAUGCUUACAGAAAGCUCAGGUCUACAGGGAGUGGAUUGUGACUCACAGUAGCAGUAGUGAGGAGGAGGAGGAGGAGGAGGAUUAGGCAGAUUCCGAACUGUUAAAAUUCAUAUGUUAUUUGUUGUUUUAUUUGGAAUGUUUCCUUAACAUGUUUUGUAUGACUGCUACCAUAACGGGGUAUGUCCAUUUUUAGGGAGGUAAAUACGCUUUCCUUUUAAAAUGUUUUUUUUUGCACAUCUUCAAAAAGCAAAAUAGUUGUAUUAUUUAAGCACAGAAAAAAAUGUAUUUUACAUCAAAGUAGGGCACACUAUAUAUUAUAGCAUUUGCUUGUGUAUAUUUUGUAGCUUUAUAAUACACAGUUUGUUUUUAAGAUUUAAAAUUAGACAAAUACAUUUUUUUUUAAUGUUCACUAGUUUUAUAUUAUUUUAAAUUAUCUGUUAGCAGAAUGCCUUCUUUUUAAAUAUUCUUUAUGUACAUUUGCUGGGCUGUAAUGUAAUGCCAUUAUAUAAACAAUAAAGAGAACGAAUAGUAAUAGCCAGUCAAUAUUUUAUAUUCAUCUAGCCUUUUUAGAGUAUUUUUGUCAAGUUUAUCUUAAUAAUAAUAAACUUACGUAACGUGAAACAGUGUGACUCUGUUGUUCUAUUCCAGAACCAUACAGGUUGUUGAGCUACUAUUGUGAAAGAUAUUCAUAAUCUGUUAUGGAAGGUUAGAUAGUGAACUAAAUUUACAGUCUGAGAAUGAAAAAAAAUUAUUUCUUUGGUACAGUUUUUAUUGUUUCACUAUAUAAAUAUUUGUGUCUGUAAAACAAUGAACAAAGUUGUUUUUACAGUUAUUGUAUUUCCUUACUAAUUUACAUAUCUAUAUGUACUAUAUCCUAGUUAUAAAAUGUUAUGGAUUAAUUCAAAACAUUAGGAAAAUAUUUAUAGAAAACAUAAUUGUGUAUUUUUUUCUGGCUAAUAUGUGGAAUACAUCUAAAUCUCUGAAAGACUGAUAAGCAGAUUUAUUUACGUUUUGGGGGUGUACUGAAGUGUUUUAAAAUUUUCAGCUUAGAUGAACCUAUCUUGUCCUAUUUCCCCGGCAUAUUAAAUGUUCUAAAAAGCCCCUUUAAAAAAAUGAAUGGCUGUUGGUAGUUAUGAUGUUUAAUUUCUUAUGACUACUGUGCAUUUGAAUCAACAGAAGAACAUUUUCCUUAGCCUAUAUUAAGCACUUUGCUUAAUGAGCUUCUAUUAGAAUGUAGGGAGCCCUGGUGGGGAAGUAGUUAAGCGCUAGGCUGCUAACCGAAAGGUUGGUGCUUAGAACCCACCCAGUGGCUCCACGGAAGAAAAGACCUGGAGAUCUGCUCCAAUGAAGGUUACCAUAUUUUACACAAAUACCACAUGCCUUAUGUGUUUGUUUGCUGGUGCCCUCCUCCCGUGAGGUAUCUUUGUAAGUGCUCUGUACUAGCUUUUUUUUUAAACAGCAACAUGUGGAAGAGGAUUGGCAUGGUGGUGCUUGUGAGGGUGCCAGGGAAGGGGGGGACAGCCAGCAAACAAAUGCAGAAGGCAUGCGUAAUUCACGUAAAAAUAUGGUUUAUAGCCUAGAAAACCCAAUGGUCAGCUCUACUCUGUGUCACGUGGGGGCUCUGUGAGUCGAAAUCAACUGGACAGCACCUAACAACAAGUAUAUAAUUGGCUUAAUUGUUGAACUUUUGGUUUAAUUCAUUCAGCUCAUCUCAGUCUUUUCUAGUUCUUAUAUUUAUCACGUUUUUAUUUCUAUAAAUCAUAAUUCUUUAUGUUCUUUGAAAAUCACUCUUAGAUAUUAAAAUAUUGAGCUUAGAAUAUACAGCUAAAAAGGAACAGUUGUUAAAAAUUUUCUACCUGCCUAGUACUCCUUCAAAUUAAACAGAAAUCGAGGACUUGUGCACUAGGACUAAGACGUACAUUAACGUCCGAGAAUUUAGUCAUUGUUCUUAUCAUAAUAUAUUCUGACCUUUUUGGAAUAAGUAAAAAUAGUAUUAAAAUAGUCACUACUGGUAUCAGAGAGUGAAUUUUUAUCUGUCACGUACCUACUAUUCUCUCACCCAUGACUAAAAUCAAACAAAACUUGUUGCUUCUCCUAGAAGAACGCAGCCUAUCGUGGUACACUGUGUGUGUCUGAGGAAGGCAGACUCUGGAAAUGUCUUCAUUGGCUUCCUACGUUUCAACUCUGCUAGAUGUAAAAAAAAAAAAAAAAGGAAAAUCCUAAAUUGUUGCAAGACAUUUUCAGAGUUCCUAGUAGUUGGUCUGUGAGACUUAAUUCUAUGCUGUGAUCUUAGCCUUCUAUUUCCUAAAAAUUUUAUCUGGAAAAAUUCUGAAUAGUCAACAGUGACUUACCAUUUUAACGAAAAGCUUUCGGAGGUAGGAUGACAUUUAUUUAAAAUCUCCUCAGCAGUAAAAAGAUUUUUUAAAAACAAUGUUCUGGUAACUUGUAAACUUUGCUCUUGUGAUCUCAAGGAUUCAUCAUUCUUCAGUAUUUAGCCCUUAGUAGUGAAAUAUGUUUUUUAACAAUGUUUUCUUUUGUUAUUGUUAUUUCUCUUCUCUUGCCAUAGUGGAAAAACCUUUUCAAGGUUUUUUGACUACAGGUCAUAAUUGUUUUUUCCAGUUUCCUGUCUUUUUUUAAAAAAAAAAAAAAUUUUUUUUUUAUUGCUUUUAUUAGAGAGAAAUUUAAGACUAAAGAUUUUCUCUGCUGCUUUACACCACUGUUUUCUUGAUGGAGAUAUAGGACAUAGACAAAAAUAUGUCCUAUGCCUCAUCAAAUUUAUAGAAAAUGAUAACUGUGUUCAACUUUGGGGUUUAAAUGAGAUGAACAGUUCUUUUUAUUUGUUGCUAGUGACUAUACUUAAUUGAAAUUUUUUAAUGGAAGUAUUAAUCUAAUAAAGUAGUGAGAAAGCUAUGCUUGAGAAUUGAUUACAUAAUACUACACUUUUCUGUACCCUGUAACUUUAUUUAUAUUCCAGAAAUCUGUAAGGUCUUGAUUAUGUGUAGAGAAAUGGAAGGUAGGUUCUCUCUCCGCUUGUUGUGUGCUGUCGAGUCAAUUCUGACUCAAAAUGACCCUACAGGACAAAGUAGAACUGCUCCAUAGGGUUGCCUAGGCUGUAGUCUUUAAGGGGGCAGAUCACCAGGUCUUUUCUCCUGCGGAGGGGCUGGUGAAUUCAAACUGCUGACCUUUCAGCUAUUAGCCAAGCACCUAACCAUUGCACCACCAGGGCUCCUGUCUCUUCCCUUAGGGAUUCUUUAUUUUAUUUGUAUUUGCAUGACACUUGAAUAACACAUUGAAAACUAGCAGGAAGGAAAAUUUUUGAAAAUCUUGAAACAAAGACUUCUAGCACCAUAAAUAAUCUGCAUUUCUAAGAGCCUGUACAUGAAAUUAUUUAUAGGCUUAAAUUGGAUAUAAAUAUAACAAAUGUAAAUCCAGAAUAAUGUUGUUAAAUUUCAAUAUUCGUAAUAGAAAAGGAAGUAAGAAUAAAUUUUAUUUCUGUAUUUAAAAUAGUCAGGUUUUUGUAAAUUUUACUUUUUGAAAUCACUCAAAGCACACAUCACUGAUGCAAUGUACAGUGUUUAAGCUCACGUUAUUAAAAUUUAUAGGUGGAGCCAUUGUAGAUCUAGGACUUCAGUGUCCAGCAUGACAAGUGUGCUACUGUAUCUGCAUCCCAAGAUCACAUAUACUAAAGAAUAAUGACUUACAGUAGCUACGAUAGUAUUUGUCUGAUUUAAGUUCUGUGAUGAGAUUUUGUAUUAAAUUUACUUAUGGUGAUGGAAGGAGAAGCAGGAACAACCAUCUUAAAUGUUAUUGAAUACUUUAUCCACCGCACCUUCAAGCCUCAUUUUGUUUUGUAGUUUCUUGCAAAUGAAUUUAUAAUUCAGAAACAUUAAAGGUUCCAUUACAUCUAAAUAAGUUGCUGUUAAGUGUGCAUACAAACUGUUGACUUAGAUCAAGUUAUAAUUAUGAUGAGUAUGUACAAGGAGUAAUGAUUUCAUUUAUCUUUCUAUACUUGUACCUUUUGGAUAAAUGGAGAUGAAUUAAAACUUUUUGGACUGUUAAUCUUUCAGAGAGUGAAUGGACUAAUGAAAUGCAGUGAGUACAGUCAAUAUUUUACAGUAUAUUAUAAAGUCUUGAGUCAGAGGAAACAAUAGGUCUGUAGGGAGCUAGUUAGGUAAUUUUAAUUUUCUUAUAUAGGGAUUUGUGGUUUGGUUUGUUUUAACGUGAUAGUUUUUCAUGCCUGUAAUUAUCUCUCAGUCAGUAUGAUGAGUUUACUUAGCAACUGUUCCUGUUCCAUAUAAACCAAUGUAUAUAGCCACAGUGUACCUCCAAAUACCAGCUUUCAAACAAAUAUUUAGUAAUGUUAUGAAGUUGGCUUGAAUGUACCCCCUUCAUCACAUACACAUAUUCCUCCGAAUCUAACUUACAGACUCUCAAAAUAUGUGAGCCUUCAAAAUAGUACAGGCCUUAUUCGUGUUUUGUUUUUUAAAUAAUCAGGUUUAGCUUAGUAUAUAUAAAUAGUCAGGUUUAGCUAAGUAUAUAUAAUUUUUCUUAAUGGACAUGCUAUAUUUUUAUUAUAAAUCAUCGUUUAUCAACAGCCUGUUAACUACAGAGGUUUUCUAAGUGUAUGAGAUUUAAAAAUUGGAGUUUCUGUGAAUUAAAAAUUUAGACUCAUACUUCCAUGGGAAAAGCCAAAUCCCUCUCGUGAAUUAGCAUGCUGACAUUGAUUCUCAAUCUACAAUUUUAGUUAUUUAUGGAAGACAUGAUAGUUUUCAAAAAUUAAAGUAGGUUACUUCCUACAUUGUUAAAGUAGAAUCUGUAUAUUAAAUAAACACAGGAAACUACAGAAAAAAAUUAUCCUUUGUCUCCUGCCUUUUUGGUGUAUUUCCUUUUUUAAUUUUUUGUUUACGUGGCUGUGAUCCUAAUAUAUACAUUCCCAUCUUUGAUAUUAUUACACAUUUUCAUAAACAAGAAUAUUAACUGCUAAAUAUUAAAAAUGCAUCCCAUUCAUAGAACAGUCCCUAGUAUAUAGUCCCUAGUAUAAUAUAGUCCUAGUUUUUGGAACAUAAAAAUAGCCAGCACCACCGUUAUUUUUAUAGCUGUUGUAGAAGCCUUUUCUUUUUCAUUGAACAUGCUUCUACCGCUUUUGACUCUACCUUUUAAAAUAUUCUUCCCCUUAAAUUAGUAAAUCUUCUCUUAAACUAUGUGUGUGUAUAUAUGUGUGUGAAUGUGAAUGUGUGAAUAAAUAUAAAUCCCUGUGUCCUUCAUUUUGUAUGACUGUUGACAGUUGGGUUGUCCCAUGGGGCUAGAAUAUUCUUAACCAUUUCAGAUAUCUUUGAAAUUUAUAUAUGUUGUCUUAAAUCCCUUGUAAAAAUAUUUUAAUUGCCAUUAUGUAAGUUGUUGUAGAAGGGAGGCUGUUUUUGUUUGUCGU